ACCAAGCUACCCAAGAAAGAGGAAGAAAAAUCUCUCCAACCCUCCUCCAUUGCUGCAACUCGAGCUCAACCAAGAAGGAUCCAAGAAGUGGGAUUAAAGAAGGAAAAAGGCUAGGAAAAGUGUGUAAAAUUAAGGCACUUGUAAAGGGUAUUUCAAGUGAUUUCACAAAGUUGGAAAAGUCGCCGGAGUUGUCGCCGGAGUUGACCAAAACUUGCCAGAGUUUCACCGGAGUUCAACCAAGAAGGGUAGAACUUCAUAACGCUAGUUCAAGGUGAACAUUUAGAGACCGGAUUUGAGAAAGAGAAUUAGGAGCAUCAGGACUUAAGGUAAGUUUCUCUGCCGAUCCAAAAUGAUUUCCUCGUAUUAUAUGCUUAUUAUGCAUUACAUGAUUAAGUGUGAAUUUUGAAUUAUGUGUAUGUGAUUUUGAGGAGAUAUUAGAUCUAUGGUAUUUGAGAAGUGCAAACUAAGUACUUUUGGGUAUUAAAUAUUUUUAAAUAUCUUUGAGACUAUUUAAAGAGAGUGAGAAAUAUUUUUUUUGGAAGUAUAUUUAAAGUCAAGAUAAAAUUUACGUUUUUAUAAGAAGUGAGCACCCGGGAGAAAUCCGUGGUGUCGGUUUUCCACAUCCGGAUAAAUGUGGAGGGUGAUUAAGGUUGCUACUACUAAGAAGUACAGUUUGAGUUUGAAGUGACGUUUGGAUCUAUGAUCCCUUUUAAGAAGAAGUUAUAGUAGUAGUAGUCCCUAAUCAUUCAAGAAUUUUAAAGGUGGGGUAGUUGGUAGACUGAGUCCCGAUUACUCACGACGACUUACUACUCGGAGGGCUUGGAAUCCCUUUUAGGGGGUGUGCACACUUAAGGUAUUCGUUUCGUUUCCAUUAGCAGUUGUGGUACCGGCAAAAGUCCCGGGGUGGCCGUACAUAAUAACGUAACCACCGGGCUCAACCAGAGUGUUGGGCACCGCCCUUCUAAAUUACUAGGAAGAUAGAGAAGAAGUGAAUUUUGAGAAGUUCUAAGAGAAGAGUUACUAUAGUAUUUUCGAAGAAAAGUUGACGACUUUAGUAAAGAAGUGAUCAAAGAGAAAAGAAUUUUGGUGGAGUGUGUCAUUUUUAUAUAGUAUUUAUGAAAAACUAUUUUUAGCCAAACCUGAUUAUUUUACGGGGUUGGGUAGUACUUACUUAGCUCUAAAGCUAAUUUUUGUUUCCUUUUCUUUGUUUUGUUUUCAGCACUUUAUUUGUGCAGGUGAUGAUGCUUAUGUGGACUGAUGAUUGUAUGACCACGAGAGCGGUUUAGAGAUGCCUUAGUCAAACCUAGUCAUAAAUAAACAAUCCAAUUAUGUUGAACACUUGUUUUACAUUGUUUGGUGAUUGCCUGUGCAUUCGGUUAAGAGAUGACCGGAUGUGGCGGUAACACCCAUUUCCCAAUUAAUGUUAUUUCCGCUGCAAAACUUUUUAUCUGUUUAAAAGAAUAAAUCAAGUUAUUAUAAAUAAAUCUAUUAUUUCAAGUAUUACUUUGGGAGGGAAAAUGGGGGUGUUACAUGGGGUUUUUAGUCAAGAAUAUUGACUAUUACUAUUUUUCCCAAAUAAAAUGGUGAUCUACGGAUUGGAUAUUUUCCAAGUAUAUAUAUACUAAUAAGUAUUUCAUAACUUGGGGAAAAGACUAUUUAUUUAAGUAUCACCCUAUGUUUGGGUCUUAUACUUGAAACGCUAGUUAUUCUAUAUUUAGCCUGCUACUCGCUCGGUACUUGUACUGACCCCUUCGGGUCCCCCCACCAUUUUCAGGUUGAAGCUAGGGCUUGCUACUUGCACCUUCUCACGGGUGAUAUCAAAUCAGAAAGACGUGGUUCAUGCUUCCUUAUUUUCUUUCAAACUACCGAACACUUGCUCAUGGAUAUUUGUUUUUACUAUAAACUAUUUUUGGGGCUUGUAUGCCCAUGUUGUUGGCCGGUUGUGGCCCAUGACUUACCGUUGAAUAUUUCCGCUAUUCAUUGGUUUAAAUGUGAUGUUGUUAUGUAUGUUUACUACUGAGUAUGGAUGGAUUGUUUUCUCGAACGCCUUGUGUAAUUAAGUGAGGUUGACUCGUGGGUGACGUCACUUAGUUAUACGGCGGUUGUACACGCGCUUGGAUUGCGGUAUGGGGCGUGACAAUUAAGUGGUAUCAGAGCCAUCUCAGUUCUAAACUAUAUAAUCAACCUCUCACAAAAGAUUUUACAAAAGAAUUUUUACCGAAAACCAUGAGCAUUGUAUUUUGACGUUUAUAGGACUAUUGGUGCUUAAAGUUGCAAGGCCUCUAAUUGUUAAGACGGUACCCUUAACAAUUGGUAUGAUGGUGACUUGGGCCAAUACGUGUCUGUAACGUUCUUCCGUCAAUUGACAUUUAUAGGAGUCUAAUGACUCCUCCAUAUUUCUUUCAGAAAUGGAGGGCAGGCGAAUGGCAACCAGGAACAAUCCGAGGGGGCAGGCGCCGGUAGCAUCCCAAAGGGGAAGCCGGGCUGCAUCUCGGGGUUCAAGAGGAGGCCGUGGAGGCCGUGGAAGUCGUGGAGGUCAUAGGGCUCAAACUGUGAGCGACGGCCAUGUUAGUUCGGUGUAUGAAACUAACACCGAAGACUACGACUCUACAUAUGUUCCUGAAACGGGGCAUGAGGAGACCCCAUAUGAUGGGGGUGACACAUACACCGAUGAUGAUGAUGAAGAGAGUGAUGCCAAGUUCGCCCAAAUGGGCGAAUUACUUGAGUGGUAUCAAAAAGAGAAAGUGAGGAGAGACCUUAGGCGCCAAGCAAGGCGUGGCUCUCGCGGUGGUUCGG